UUUAUCUUAUGUUCAUUUCAGUCUAAUCGAUAGUUUUAACAAAGAGAAGGGGUUUUGGGGUUGAGGAGAGGAAGAGAGAGACAGAGAUGGGGAGAUUAUUUCUGCUGAAUCUUGAAGGCAGGACAUACAACUGCAAAUUCUGUAAAACCCAAUUAGCCCUUGUGGAUGAUCUUAUUUCCAGGGCAUUCCAUUGUCGCAGAGGAAAGGCCUACCUAUUCAAUAAUGUAGUGAACGUCACUGUUGGACCUCCUGAGGAGAGGCCAAUGAUCUCAGGAAUGCAUACGGUAGCAGAUAUAUUUUGUUGCUGUUGCGGGCAAAUGGUUGGUUGGAAAUAUGAAUCUGCACAUGACGAUAGCCAAAAGUAUAAAGAAGGCAAAUUCAUUCUUGAAAGAGGGGGGAUCAUUGACAGAAUGGACUCCGAGUUCUACAUGGAUACUCGUACCUCUACAAGUGAUACUGAAGAUGCAUAAAGUUUUUAUGUUUGCACUUAAAUUUAGCGGCAAUAAAUUUUCUUAGUUGUGCCUUGCCCCCUUUGUAGAUAUAAAACCAAGACACUGGAGAUCAGGUGGUUUCUACUUAAAAUGCAGUAGUAAUAAAUAAACUAUUAUGUUCAUGUGCA